UUGUAGGUUAUCCCUAUUACACAAGUAUCAGCCGCGUGUGUACCGCAGGUCAUCUUCAGUGCUUGCUUGCUGCCAUUUUGCCUAUCCGAAAACUCUGGGAAACCCCAUUCUCCUUUUUCUUAUCUUCCACCAAUGUCAUCAGCGUCUAAAUUCGUAAACUUUGGCACUUCGCUCUUCCUUCGUACAACUAAUAAUGGCCAUCACCACAAAACCAUCUCCUUUAAACCCCUCCCUUCCCUCCAAUUCCACCUCUACUGUUCUUCCUCCACUGCAGCCACAGCCACAGCCACAGCCACCACAGAUGAUGAUAUCAUGGAAACCUUGAACUCCCUUCAACAAGAAAAUAAACAAAAACAGCAUCCAUGGCCUGAGUGGGUGACUUUUGUUGAUAAAUUGAAGACCAGGGGUUACUUCAUGGAAACUUCAGAGGAUGACAAUAUUAUUGCUUACACUGAUAUGAAUCAGUUAAGGGAUGGUUGUCUUAGCUUUGCUCGUGACAGAUAUGAUGUUCUCAAAUCAUUGUCUAUACCUGAUAUUCAAACAGUUGUGGAGAGUGGAUGUCCUAAUAUUCUUCGAAAAGUUGUAAAUUCAGCUAAAAGAAUGAGAGCUUACGUGCAAAAGGAUGAAGGGGAUGCUUGUAGUGCUUGUAUUCAUCGGGGUUGUUGUGAUAGAGCUUAUGUGAUACUAAAGAGUAAGGAAGCAGAGGGUCGUACCAUAGACAUAGUGCGGGUCUUAAUGUUCCAUGCACUGGAUCCCCUUGUUAUUUCAGAAGGAGAGAAAUCUCCUGGUAGUGAGCUUAGUGAAGCGUCUGCAAGGAAGCUGCUUUCUGAGUUGGUUGAAUUGAGUGAGACACCCCAUGAUCCUGCACUACCAAAGCAUACUCCCAAAACCCCCGAUAAGAAGGAGCGAGUUGUGAAUUUCACGGGUGGCAUACUGCGUGAGAAUGUUGAAAUGAAGAAAGGAGAUUGGAUAUGUACCAAAUGCAACUUUAUGAACUUCACUAAAAAUAAAAGAUGCCGAAAAUGUGGUGAACAAAGUGCAAAGAAGGAUGGUGAUGACUCUAUUGAAGUUAAGAAAGGAGAUUGGAUAUGCUCUGAAUGCAACUUUAUGAACUUCGCUAAAAAUAAAAGAUGCCGAAAAUGUGGUGAACAAAGUGCAAAGAAGGAUGGUGUUGACUCUUUUGAAGUUAAGAAAGGAGAUUGGACAUGCUCCGAAUGUAACUUUAUGAACUUCGCUAAAAAUAAAAGGUGUCGAAAAUGUGGUGAACAAAGUGCAAAGAAGGAUGGUGAUGACUCUAUUGAAGUUAAGAAAGGAGAUUGGAUAUGCUCCGAGUGUGAAUUCUUGAAUUUUUCUAGAAAUAUAAAAUGCCUUAAGUGCAAAGCAGAUGGCCCAGAGAGGGUCUUCGUAGAUAAUGUGGAAAUGAAGAGGGGGGAUUGGAAUUGUACCAAGUGUGGGUUCAUGAAUUUUGCUAGCAAUAAGACAUGUUUGCGUUGUCUAGAUCCACGCCCUGAAAGAGACACUGGAGAGUGGAACUGCCCAUCGUGUGACUUCUUAAAUUUCACUAAGAAUAAAGUCUGCCUAAAGUGCAAUUGUGACCGCCCCAAAAGAAUGGGUGGAGAGUGGCACUGCCCAUCGUGUGACUUCAUGAAUUUCAGUAGGAAUGCAGUCUGCCUAAAGUGCGAUUGUAAGCGCCCCAGAGAAGCGAUAACCGAGUAUGAAGAACAGAUUUGGAAAAGCCCUUAUUAAGUUAUUAGUAGAUAGAGUCAUUGCAUGGUACAAUAAUUACUCGAUCCCUAACAUUCAGGGUGUCAUGUUUGCAAAAUUCAAUGUCUUUUGGAAGAGGAAGCAGCAGCAAGAGGAAGGAUUUGGCAGUUGCCGGCUACUUAAGAUUGUAUAACUUGGGAGGUUUUUAUCAUGCUAGCAUAUUUAAUGCAUUUCAUUUUGGUGCCUUGGGUCCUUUUUCUUUUUCUCCCCUUCAUAGAACAUUCUGAUAUAACUUGAACUUUUGAGAAUCAUCUUCAAGUGUGGCUCAGUGUAUCAAAGUUGGAGUUUACUUGGAAGGAAUUUAAUGAGAUGGUGGAAAAAGGAUGGCAUGAUGUUGAGUUUGAUUCUGAUUGUUUGGAACUGAUAAAGCAGAUUAACCAUGGCGGUCCUGUGGGAUGGGGUAUAUUGGCUGCAGCGUGGCAUCUUGCAACUCAGGCAGAGGAGACGCCCUUAAAAUCAUCUAGGAAUGGAAUUUAAUCUCGAUUGAUGUUCAAGUUGACUCGAGAAUAAAUAUCAUUUGCUAAAUUGUGAGAUGUUAUCAUUGUUAUCUCAAAAUCUAAAUCCUAAUUUCUUUUUUAAAA